AUGGACCACAGAUUAUACAGGGAGUUGAGUUCUUCUGAUGACACAUGGUACUGUACGAAUUGCUCUUUUCCCUUCAAUUUCACGGAUUCGUUCUUCGAGGAACCUGUCACCAGCGAGGAGGCUCCUGUCACUAUCACACUGGAGUCCAAUCCAACCGACAAUGUUACUACCGGCAGGCAAAGCUUGUUUCCUAAAGUUUUGGUUUUGAAUGCCAGAAGUAUACGGAACAAGGUGUUUGAUUUACAGGCAUUAUUGCUUACCGAUUGCGUGGAUAUCACUGCAUUGACCGAGACCUGGCUUGAUGAUAAUUUUCUUGACUCUGAACUCCAUCUUAAUGAUUACAAUAUCUUCAGGAAGGACAGGUCUAAUCGUUGCGGUGGUGGAGUGCUUCUGGCUAUCAAGGAUCAGAUUUCCUGCAUACAUAGGACAGACCUGGAAACGGAAUCUGAGAUGUUAGCUCUUGAAAUUUAUCCAAAUCCUACUUGUAGUAUUCUUCUCGAGGUGUUUUACAGACCUCCGAAUGCAGAUGAAUCAUUCUUGUCUGAUUUUAGAUAUUUCCUGGAUAAAUAUUCAGGCACUGGCUUAACAAACUUAGUAGUUGUAGGAGACUUCAACUUUCCUAACAUCGAUUAG